AUGUCUUGGAGCUCCAUUCCGCACUCUGUAAAGCGCUGGCAGCUCCAUGGCACGGACUACGAGCCGCAAAGAAGUCAGACGAACCAGAGCCACAGCACCGUGUUUAGCGCAUGGACCCCCCUCAACCACAAGAAGAACAACCUGCAGAACUUGACGCUCCUGACGCCCAGUCUUUUGAACGACUCUAAUGGACUGGCUCUUUUUAUAUAUACCACCCUCAUCGGGCUCAUCUCUGACGGCGAUGAGUCGGCCUACAGGAGGGCGGUGUUCAGGCGCAGCAGCAACAACCUGGAGCUCAAAACCCACAAGACAGUGGAGAUGAUUUUGUUUGAGAAGAGGAUCGGCCUGGUGCUGCACUGGUUUGACCUGUGGACCGACACGCAGCGGAAACAUCUACUCCAUUCACUGCUCUCCAAAUGCACCAAGUCACAGCUCAAAUUUUGCAGGGAUUUGUUGAUUGAGACGCUCCCUGUCACGCGGGUGGACUUCACCACGGUGCUCCCCAGAUUCCUGUCCCUAUAUGUGCUGUCCUUCCUGUCUCCACAAGACCUCUGCUCCGCUGCCCAAGUGAGCUGGAGCUGGAGGAUACUCUCAGAACAGGACUGUCUGUGGGCGAGCCGGUGCAUUGGGAAAGGCUGGUUCCUCCCGUACACCCCCGCGGAGAAAGAGUACGGAGCCUGGAAGAAGCAUUACGUCUCCUGCGUCUCCACUCUGGACUGGCUCACUCCCAGAGAAGCACAACAACUGUACGGAACGCUCAACGAGAGGAGGGGCGGAGCUACAGAAGAGGAGGAGGAGAGGAGGAAAGAGCGGAGGAUACGAGACAUCAUCAGGGAAAGACUGCAGCAUGAAAAGAGAGAAGUGUUGAGGACCAGAAGGCCAUGGGGCAGCAGCAGUAAACUCCUCCACAGUGGAUCAGUCCCUCUCAGAAUGUCUCUGACCUCACAGGGCUUGGGGUCCUCUGAGCUCUGGCCUGUCUCUGAGACCCACCCAUCUGUCCUGUGUCCCAGUCUGGAGGAGGGACGGAGCUCCAGGAGAGACUACAGCAUGGAGAGGAGUGGGACUUACAGCUCAAUCAGGUCCCUUAGUCGAUCUGCGCUCUCAGACGUGGUCUCCUCUAACCCUCAAACUGCCCCCCCUCUUCUUCUGCUGGUCUCUGACAGACUCUCGGCUUAUGAGAUGGUGCUGAGUGGGGCGAAGGCGGGCGUGGUUACCAUCCUCUAUGACCACCGGCACACGCUGUCCGCUCUCCUGACCCAGGUGGAGAGGGCUUUGUCUGGGCAGAGAGCGCUGAGGCUGGGGGUACUGGCUCCAGGCGGGACGGAGGGAGUGCAAAUGCUUCAAAGAAGUGAGUUAUCCGAGCAGACUCUUUUGGCUCCUGAUUACAGAGAUUUCUGGGAGAAAAUGUGUCUGUGGAUCAGUCCGACAGAAAAAGGAGGAGGCAUCGACAUCUUCUGCCCUCUGGGUGCUUCAGCUUCUGGAGUGUCCCUCAUGCAGAGCCUCUCAGCCCUCACUGGGGUGGAGGUCCGAGCUCCCAUGGGUCUAUCCACCGGCAGCUUCCAAAACAUCCUGGGGGAGUGGUGUGACAGCAGCCUGAGCCCUCGUGUCUCGGGACCACCUCUCCAUCGGCCCCCCUCCCCUGCUCUCCAGUACCUCCAUGCCCCUGUGCUCCAAGCCUGGUGCACGCAGGCGCUGUGGGCAGAGCUCUGUCUGUCUGAGCUGAGGACGUUAGCGGGCAAAGAGCUGCAGUGGCUCAGUGCUCACACCAGGGGGCGUGCUCUAGGUCACUAUUUCCAAGACAAAAUCUUCCCCAAAGCUCUGCAUAUGUCCACGGCUUUAGACACAGCUCUGACUGAAGCUCUGACCGCUGCGACCGCACAAGAACAGACAAAACAAUUAGAGUUUGUUGCCUCCUUCCUCACCAAACAUGUAGGAGAAAAAACAACUCCAGCAGAUGGCACGGAAGCAGAGAUGAUGUCUGAAGACCCUCUUGUCACUCUUACUGCGGAGCCCGAUCUGCCUUUGGCGGAGUUGGACUGGAGAGGGUCAGUGGUGAGGGAGCUGUACCAGAGUGAGAACUUGUAUCUGAGCAGACUAACAGCGGUGCAGAAGGUUUAUGAGGAGCCUCUGACCGCCGCGCUUAACUCUAAUAGAGCCAUUAUCAGCAUCGCCGACAUCCAGAUCAUCCUCAGUCCUGUGUCACAUAUACUGCAACUCAACAGAGUUCUCCAGACAGACUUAGACUCGAGGCUGAGGCAGUGGAGCGCUCAGCAGUGUGUGGGAGACGUGCUUGUGAAGUUCUGCCAAAAACUGAGAAUAUACACCAACUACUUCAAUAACUACUGCACUGCUGUACACACUAUCGACAAGUGCAGAGAGAGUAAACCAUUGUUCCGGGCAUUCCUGAAGAGAACAGACCGAACACUGACCACUCACAUGCUCAGUCUACAGGAGCUGCUGCUGUGCCCCCUGUGGAGGAUUGAGGAGUACUGCACACUGACCCAGGCUCUGUCUCUGCACACGGCCCCAGGGCACGCCGACCACGCCCACCUCUCAUCUGCACUUAGUACUCUACGGCAGUAUAAACACUUCCUGCAGGAGUUAAAGCGAAACUCACAAAGAGACAAGUUGUUGGAGGAGGCCCAGCAGAUGAUACAGGGCUGUCCGAAGCUUGCAGAAGGAAACCGACAGCUGGUCACCACUCACAGGUGUGCUCUGUACCGGAGUCUGGAGGAGCAGCUCCCAGACAGCGUCAAGGCUCUGGAGCAGGUGGCACACUUGAGCUUGUUCCUCUUCACAGACGCUCUGGUCUUGACCCGCCUCAGCCUGGAUCACGUCCCGUUUGGCCUGGCUCACACCUGCACCUACAGCUUCAUGACGUCUGUGGCUCUGUCCAGGCUGAGCGUCAGAGAGAUCAACCACUCGCGCUAUGUGUCCCACGCCUAUGUCCUGGAGGGCCCGUGUCGCUCGUGGGUGUGCGCUGCCGACAGUGCACAGGAGAGGGCGCUGUUCCUGUCCGUGCUGCAGGACACCAUAGAGAGUGCGCUCAGAGGGGACCGGUGAGAGCAUAAAAUCAGGUGAACGAC